UGAGCUAUCAUGUUUCAUGUUUGAACAGGAAAUUAGUUGCAUGGUUUAUCCACUUCAUUGAUGUCCAAUCUAUUUCAAUAUAUAAAUAUCCUGCAGAUACUAAUUAUGGUGAACCUAUGAGCUAACCUAGAAGAAUUGUCAAUAAUGCCUCUAAAUGCCCAGAAAGAUGUGUACUUUGGGAAACCUUUGAUAAAUUUCAUCCAAGAUGCAAGAGAUCGUGAGAGAAGUCAGAGAAAUGGCACUACUAAAUACUGUGACCCAAGAUACUCAACUUCAUCUCGGCAAAGCAAAAUGUCCUCCCCGUGGCUUUGCUCAUCAGAAAGUUCAACACGUGGUUACAGCUCACAUGUUACUGAAUCUUGCCUUAAACAGGAUGCUGAAAAAAUCACCCCAGCUGAAAUCAAUCCUCUUAUAUCUGAAGUUACUGGAAACAAGGUUGAUGAAUUUGAUGACUUGGUGCAUCCUCAUGUGCUUUGUGACAGCUGUGAUGGCCCUGUGGUGGGAUUCAGGUACAGAUGCUUGACCUGUCCCAACACUGAUCUCUGUCAGGACUGUGAGAGGGAUCAGCUUCAUGCUCAGCACAACAUGAUCCGCAUCAGCAGCCUUAACAGAGACUCACCAGCAACACAUGCUCAAGUAAGACUUUGUCUCAACAGAGACUCACCAGCAACACAUGCUCAAUUGUUCCUGCUGAGGAAUGCCAGUCUACCUCAAAAACUUGUUCGUCACUCAAGUCUGAGAAAGUCCAAGCGUCCAUCUGAAAAAAAUGGAACAAAAACGCAUGAAGUUAUUCAGUCUAUGGCGUCGCUAUCUAUAAAUGAGACCACAAACUUGACAGCAAAGCAGCAAAUAGGUGCUGCUGGCUCUGCUGAAAGCCAGCUUACUAUACAAGAGCAAAUAAGGAAUGCAGUGGAAGAUUCAUCACUAAGUUUAGCAUCAAAUUCACUUCACUGGAAAGAUUGUUGUCAGAGUUCAGAAGGUAAUAUGCAAAAUCAUUGUUGUAACACGCUCGGAUUAUCAAGUGACACUAGUAGGAAGCCUUUUGAUAAAUCCAUAGUUGAGCUGAUUAAGGAAGGUUUGGAUUGUGAGCGCAGAAUUCCUUCUGUAUCGAGAAGUCUUGAUGACUGUGACAGCUGUGGCAGCAGCAGCAGUAGCUUCGAGCUUCUUGCCAUUGAGUAACUUUUUACAAGUCAAAUAUUCUUCUUUUCAUUAUUUCUACAUUUCAAAACAUUCAAAUGUCAAAAAUUGCUUCAAAAAAUAGCCUGCAAUAUAUACUUCUUUCUUGACAGUUAAAUGCAUUUCACUUAUGAGCUGAACAGGAUAUGCAAUUCUUCCAAUAAUUUCGUAGGUAUUUAUCCACACGGUUACCUGAGCAGCAAUUAGUUCUGAUAUUAAGCAAGAAUAUCAGCGUGUUAGCUGCUGCCUUGUGUAGUUAUGUGAUAGCAGCUAAGUUCUUACAUUGCGCCGUGGACGGUGGCAGUGUGGCGUAAUGCCUGCACGUGGACGGUGGCAGUGUGGCGUAAUGCCUGCACGUGGACGGUGGCAGUGUGGCGUAAUGCCUGCAUGUGGACGGUGGCAGUGUGGCGUAAUGCCUGACGGUGGCAGUGUGGCGUAAUGCCUGCACGGGGACGGUGGCAGUGUGGCGUAAUGCCUGCACGUGGACGGUGGCAGUAUGGCGCAGUGGCUGUAUUGCUUGAGUGUCAACACUUAUUCGUCAUCAACAUGACAUUAUUAUUGAUGCUGGUUCUGCUAUUAAUUAACAAUUAUCUUGUGGUUUCAAUUUGAUAUAAUUUUAAACGGUGAUAUUUUAGACGACAUGGCGGAUAAUUACUGGCUUCAACCAAUGAUGCCAAAAUAGUUGUUGCCUUAUUGAUGUUAUUGGUGCAUUUUGUACAGUUCUGUAUAAUGUAAUUUUAGAUUGUUUUAUGCUCCUUAGUGUCUGUUAUCAGUGAUCCCACUGAAGACUUAACAGCGUCUUGCUGGAGCUUGUUAGCUUAUUCCUUACAAUUGACGGGGUUUUGGUUCGAAUUAUUUUUUUUUAUUUGCACCUCUUUCAAAGAGCCAAUCACUGAUGCCAUACAAACUUUUUUGGCCUGAUAAUAUUUCUAUGCUUUUUCUUCACAAAUUUCUCGUUGUUUCUCUUUUAGUUUGUGCCCUUGAGCUUGGAUUUUGUUGCAAGUUGAGAUGGUAAAAAAUAUGCCUCAGCCCUGCAGUGAUGAAGAUGGAUUUCAGGCGUCCUGUAAAACAUGUUUACGGAUAUUGUUUUGUGCUGAAUAUAAUUCAUUGUGACAUAUGGUCUGAUUUUCAUAUUUGAUGUUGAGUUUUAAAAUUGGUUAUUUAUAUUUAAAUUAAUAUGCUUGAGCAAUUGGAUUGUAUUUUGUCGCAUAAUUUCUCCGGUUCAUUAUCAGCUAUAUGAAGUUUCUUAAUAGGAGUAACGAUUAAGUGCUUUUAACGUAACUUUGACUUCCUCGAUGUCUUGACAUUUCUCGCCAGCAUGCGUGAGAAGCUAGCAUGUGAUCUUAAACAGUCAUAUUUCAUUUAGAACGAAAAUUUAGAUCCAGUUUUCAGAGUGGUAAUAGAAUUUGAUUUUAUGUUCAAUAUUGUCACGUUUGGUUUGCAACAUUCUAUUCUAUCGUUGACCGUUCUGAUCAUGCGUAUGCUGUGGAGCCUCAGUCGCUGGUUCCAAGAGUUCCAUCUUCUAAAGACUUGUAGCUUGCUUGUUUGAAAUACCAUUACUGUAGUAGCCUCGUACCAUUAUUUUUAUAUGGAAUAAACCUGUACUCCUAUCUGCA